AUGACACAAGCCGAUUCAGUACCGCAUUCCCUUGAGCUGUGCAGCCGACUGGCAAGCGUGCCCUAUGAAAACUGCUUCGUCGAGAGCACUUCGUCAGAGGGCUUCGACAUUGCCAUUCUCGGGGCUCCCUUUGACACCGCUGUGACGGCAAGGCCCGGGGCGCGCUUUGGGCCAAAGGCUAUCCGAGCUGCGAGCGUAAGAAAGGCAUACGGCUACAGCCUAUACACUGGUGAGAUUGUCAACGCCAGAACAACCUUCAAAGACCUAUGUCACCAAAGCUCAUUCAACCCAUAUCAAGGCCGAGACCCGGUACGAGACUGGGCCAGAGUCGUCGACUGCUCCGACGCCCCAUUGACCUUUCUCGACAACAGGGUAGCCCUCAGGACGCUGGAUCAAGCUCACCGAGCAGUGUCCGGGAGAACAACAGCACACCCAGAAAAGUCGACGAUUCCGCGGAUUGUGACGCUUGGGGGCGAUCACACAACGACUUUGUCUGCGCUGCGGUCGACGUAUAAGCGAUGGGGGCCGGUGUCGGUCGUUCACUUUGAUAGCCAUAUCGAUACUUGGGAUCCGAAAGUUUUGGGUAUGGAAGCUCUCCUUCAACAAAGGGGGCUCAACCAUGGAACCUUUUUGCACAUUGCGCACGAAGAGAACCUCAUCCUCAACUCGUCCAUCCACGCCGGUAUCCGCGCCCCCGUGAUGCGCCAAAAGGCAGACAUGAGAAACGACAGACGCUGCGGCUUCGAUACAAUCACCGCUCGCGAAAUUGACACCAUGGGAGUACAAUCCAUCAUUGACAGGAUCCGAGAGCGAGUUGGGAAUAGCAGCACCUAUAUCAGUGUUGACAUCGAUGUUCUCGAUCCUGCGUUCGCUCCGGCAACUGGCACUCCAGAGCCCAGCGGUUGGAGCACCCGCGAACUGACCACUAUCCUGGCUGGCCUCGAGGGACUCAACAUUAUCGGAGGCGACGUCGUCGAGGUCUCACCCGCCUACGACGACAACGGCGAGAUUACGGCUCUCGCGGCCGUGGAGGUUGUCCAUUCCAUUCUUGAGCUCAUGGUUGCGACGCCAGUCGAGGCGCCACGGCAUGAGUGA